AUUAUUAGAUGGCAGAGUCGAGGAUGCCUGUGUCACCAGCAUUACAUUCAGCUGUGACUAUCAAUGACAAGAAACAUUACAACAAAGCCCUCAAGGAGCUGCUGAGAAUAAUACAGAAUUCUAAUAGUUCUGAUAGGAUCGAUUAUGCAUACGAGUUAAGUCAGAUGGAGAUGGCAGACCACAGUGAUGAAGAUGUUUGUCCUAUUCAGGAUUCCAGUACACAUCUAUACACAGAGACAGAUGUCACUUUGCCUUCCCAUCUGGUAGGCAACAUUGAGCCAUCGAUGGAAACUAACAGCCCUCUUGCUAAUAAAUUGAAUCUGAGGAGGCCACAGAACAGAUCCUCAAAAGUCCCAAGUAUUUUAUCUUCUGAGGUUUACGAUAUUUAUGAAGAGUUAUCAACAAUCUACCAGAAAUUGCAGACAGAAAGGAUGUCACAGCAUGAGUAUUCACUUCAGUUGAAAAAACGAGAGCAGUGCUUACGCGACAGGGAAGACAUGUUAUUCAAGCAUCAAGCUACCCUCGGCAAAAUAAAAGGUGUUGAAGAGAUCAUGCAUGAAAAAUUUGGGAUAAUGAAAGAGAAGCAUGAUGCAGAGGUGAAACAUCUGUCAGAAGCUCUCAGAGAGAAGAUUAAAGAAAACAAAAGGCUAAAAUCCUCCUUUGACACCUUGAAGGAAAUGAACGACACUUUAAAAAAGCAGCUGAAUGAAGUAAGUGAGCAAAACAAGAAAUUGGAAAUUCAAGCUAGAAAAGUGCAGUCCCGCCUAGAAAAUUUGCAAAGAAAGCAAGCAUUCCUUACAGUACAGAAAUGCAAAGAUGUUUCUCAGGUUAUACGUGAACCAAAAUGUUACAAAACUGCUCCCAUAAAAUCGAAGAUUCUUACUAAUAUGCAAGUGUACAAACUCUUAACCAUUCUUAUGGACUGGAUGUCUCCAUCAGAAGAAAGUAGAAACGAAGACAGGCCAUUAUGCACAGACAAAUUGCCUGUAAACUGUGUGCAGGAAAAGGGUGCCAAGGUCCUGCCUGUCAUUGUGGAGCAGUUUGAAUGGAUGCCAUUUGUCAACAGUAAGCUACAUUUAUCAUUCAUGAGGUUUACAUAUUGGACUCUAUUGAAGCUUGAUGCUGCUACACAGUCCACCUUGACCUCCACUCUACGGCGAAUUGGUGAUGAAACUUUUAAAGGAGUUCAGUGUAAUCCCUCUGAAGAUAAUGGCAUGGAAAGCAAGCCAAAACCUGCAGCUUUUUUCAAAAGCAAUAACUUACCACUCCGUUUCAUUUCAACGCUGGUCAUUCUUAAAACUGUAACACAAGUGGACUACCUAGCUCAGGCCUUGGAUUCCCUUUGCAUGGACUUGAAAUGUGAUGAAGGAAGAAUUUUGUUCUUGGAGUAUCGGGCUGUGCCAAUUGUUGUACACCUCUUACAUGUCACCAACAGAGGACUUAUUUCCAGCGUCCUUGAUAUUUUACUCCAGCUUUCAAUGGAGACCCGAUUUUUACAGCCAUUCCUGGAGUCAUGUAGCACGGAAUCAUUUUUUAGGACCUGUGCUGUGUUACUUAAGGAUCCUAAAGUUGACGUGCAAAUACUUGAAAAAUUGAGUAUUGUUCUACAAAAGCUGUCAAAAGUCAGGAGUAAUAAGAAGCUAUUUGACGCUUUUAACAUUCCUCAAGUGAUUCAAGAAAUGCAGAGGACAGCGAACCCAGACCACGCCUUCCUAGUUAUUAACCUGAACUCCAUUCUUUUCCACUUGGGGUUUUCAAAGCUGAAAAUGCUUUCACCUAGUGUCGGCACUAACCAUGACUAAUGCUGCAGCAUAACUCUUUCCUUCUUAUUGUGUUUAUAUUGUAGCAUGGAUGUGCAAUCUAAGUGACGUGAGUUUAC